AUGACAAGACAGACAACUAAAUUGAGGAACGUAAUCGUAGCUAAGAUGGUCUUUCGCAUCAUCAUCUGUUGUGUCUUGCUCUGCAUGUUUUCCCACUUAGCCUUCGUUGAAUGUGCAGGGUCUAUCAAAUAUUCUAGCACCGAAAUUUACAUCAAACGAGUUGAUGGAGGAAAUGUGGUAACAACCAUAGGUUCCGAUGUAACGCUGGAAUGGUCAUGUCGUGUUCGUGGGAAUCACUCAGUAGGUAUGCUGGCGUGGUCGCUUAAGUUACAUACAGUAACAGACAGGACGCGAAUUGCAUGGCUCUACUACAGUCCUGAAAGGUUCUGGAUUGGUAUCACGAAAUCAAUCCAUUACGGCAGACGAGUUAGAUGGACAGGCGAAGCGAGCCAAGGGAAGAUAUCCUUUGUGAUUCAAGAUGUAAGAAUCUCAGAUGCCCAGUCGUAUAAACUUUCUUGGAAAGUUAUACUUCCCUCCGGAAAUGGAUCAAGACAAGUGGUGAUGACACAGUCGAAGUUAAUGGUAACUGUGGCAGCGAAGUCAACAUACAAACCUUUACCUUCGCAUGUUGAUAUGCAGCCGAAAACCACUGGUAUUGUAUUGUCGACAAGCUCGCAAACUGCUGCUACCUUGGAUGAAGCUAACACUGAGGCGGCCCUUUUGUCAACCAAAGCCAUGGCGGUGAGUCCAAAGCGGUCAGACAUGGGUGAUCUUCCUCGUUCCAAAAAACCAGACCAUUUUGCCGCCUUGUUGAUUUUUACGAUAACUUCAGCAAUUGUAAUUGUCGUCCUUUCGGUAAUCAUUUUUGGGUUCUGCUGGAAAAUGCGGAAAGGAAAAGAUAAAGAGGAGCAAGGCCUUAAUCAGAGGCAAAGAGAGGUUGAAUUGACACAUGUACCCAGACCAGCACAGAUACAGGGAGAAGUUGAGGUGGAUACUAGAGCUGAACAAGAUGAGAAAGUCGAUACCUCCCCACCUACUUUGUUUCCACGAGCCCGUCGUUCGAGUCGGUGGGAGUUUCCAAAAACAAGACUGCAAAUUCGUGAGGUGUUUGGCCAGGGGGCAUUUGGACAGGUUGCUAAAGGACUGGCUUUACAAAUUGCUGGGAAGGCUAACUGGACAGAAGUGGCAGUGAAGAUGCUUAAAGAGGAUGCUGAGGAGUCGGACAGGCGAGACCUGUUGUCAGAGCUGUCAAUUAUGAAGAAACUCCCCCACCAUCGACAUGUCGUGACUCUUCUAGGCUGUGUCACCACAUCUGUUAAUCCUCUGGUGAUUGUGGAGUUCGCCUCCCAUGGCGAUUUGCUGGGCUAUCUUCUUAAAAGUCGAGGUCUUCCUGACACGUAUUAUAACACCUGUAAAAAACUGACCAGGGUCACCGCCAAGAAACUGAUGAUGUUUGCGUGGCAGAUUGCGAGUGGAAUGAACUUCCUUUGCGAAAAUAAGGUUGUUCAUCGUGAUUUAGCUGCCCGCAAUGUUCUGGUUGCAGAUGGCAAUGUUUGCAAAAUUACAGAUUUUGGAAUGGCCAGAGAUGUGCAAGGAAGUAACAUUUACACCAUGAAAGCCGGGGGGCGGAUACCAGCCAAAUGGACAGCUUACGAGGCUCUCUCGUAUGGCAUAUACACCACCCAGAGUGAUGUGUGGAGUUAUGGAAUCGUCUUGUAUGAAAUUUUCACUUUAGGUGGUGAGCCAUAUCCGGGAAUUAAGGCACGUGACAUCGCGAACUUACUAGAGAAGGGAUUCAGAAUGCGACGCCCAAAGCAACUGGAUAAGGAACUAUUUUCAGUCAUGUUUUCUUGUUGGAACGAAGAUCCUAAAAAGCGACCAACAUUUGGGACUUUGCAGGAGGCCUUGGAGAAAAUUGAAAAGGAACAAACGGGUUAUCUGAAUCUUCAGUCUUUUGUUGACUUCUCUUAUGUAAAUAUUUGCGAAGCAAGAAAAGUGAAAGAAGAGUCUAUCAUUUAGAGGCUGUAAGAUGAAAUACCUCUGGAUGCGAUGGCUUGUUUGCAGAAUUUAUUGUCAUUCCAGGAAGACUCCAUCCUUCAGAGUCUUUAAAAUGAUGGCUACUCUCUUGAUUAUAGCGUCUUGAGCUCUUUGUCAGUUAAAGACUCGUCAUUAUUUUCAGCUUACAAAGGUCAAUUACUUGCUUCAUUUUUUAAACGGAGAUCUGUUGUAAAGUUUUGUUGGGCAGCCAUGAAGUCGAGAGACUGCUUGCAGUCGACUACAAUUUUUUCAGCAGUAGUUUCUUCGCGAUUUGUGGGCCUGAAAAUUUUUAAGUACAACUUUCAUAAUCCGCGUCAAGCCUCUCCAUUCCUGACCAUCCCUUCUCGUUCAUGGUUUAUUUUCCAUAUUUUGUUAUUCAGCUAUCUUAAUGAAAUUAUAUUUUGUGGUUUCCAUCACGCUAAAAGUAAUUAUGCAUAACAAGUUUUAGGGCUCAGAUUUUUAAAUUUGAAAUUCUUAAUCCUCGUCAAUUUUCUCUAUCCCAGCCAUUUUAUUUCCUUAAUGAUUUUUUAUAUAUAAAGUUGUUUUUAUAUCUUACUGAACCAAUAUUUGUGAUUUCCUUCACGCUAAAACAUCGUGGUUUUCUCCAAAAUUGCGAGAUGUACUUUUGACACACGGGUAUACGUACUUACUUGAUACUUAUUUCCAUACAGGGUUUUGUAUUCCCCCGACUGAAAUAGCUUGCCAGUAGCUUUUUUAUACUUCGUAAAUUUUAGCAAGCAAUUUGUAAUUAAACUUUAUCGAUAUACUUACGUCCAGGAAGAGUCACUUCCCUAAAGACCACGCGCCCCAGCCAAAAUAUUUUUUAAAAAAUCUGGCUUGUCUGGUUGAAGAUUUAAAAUGUUAAUUUAAGCACAGUGUUAUCGUAUUAGACAGUAGUUGUUCGCUCUUUUAUCAUUAGAUAUAUUUUUAUAAAAUAUCUGAUUUUAGUUGAAAUAAUAGUCUUUCCGGUUGUUUGCUUAAAAUGAUAUCAAAGUGAAAUCAAUAAAUCAAGUAAAGAUUGUAA